AUGGUAUCUAUACUAGCCGUACCGGGGCCAUUGAAGACUUUUUUCGAUAAAUUCCCGUUGAAAACAUUCGAAUAUGUUAAUGACGAAGAUAAAGCUAUGGACUACCAAAUCUCGCAACGGAGCGCAUAUUUUGAAGGUCCAGACGCUGUACAAUCGAGCAAAGACGAUGUUUUCCAAUUAGGAGUAUACCAAAUAGUACGAGACUCAGAAACUGGGGUCCUCUUGGCGUCUGAUCCAUGGGGUUUAUUUGCCGAAUUAUCUCUCAGCAAGAAGAACAACCUAAAAUUACCCAGUGAAGGAUUUAAUGCCAAUGGUACCAAUGCUCCAACGAAAAGACGAUUACAGCAUUCCAUGUGUGUCCUAUCGCCCAGAGCGUCAGUGACUAAGAGCUUGCCCAUUCUAGUGGAAGGAUUUACGAAGAGACACGUUAGAUCCACCGAAAGCAUCAACGAGAUUUUGUAUUCAAGAAUCGCUACUGGUGAACACACAAUGUACUUGAAACUAAUAAAUACAAUAGUUUACGAUGGUUACAUCGUAGACUUACUUUGCAACGUCCCUUCUAACAAGUUUUGCGAGUUAUACGCCCACAUCAAUGAAAGAGAGACUUCCAUCACCAAUUGGGUAACAAUUCAGGACACUAAGACUACUAUCCUUGAAAGGAAUGGCUUCCAAAUACGCCAUGAAGUACUAUCUAAAUACUUGGUCGAGUUGAAAUAUCCGAUAAGGACACCUAGAGUCACCCAGUUAGCAGAAUUAUCUGAAAAUAUCAUUCUAGAGACCAUCAAUUGUCUUGAAAGGUUACAAACGCACUGGAAAGGCUCAUCAAAGUCAGAACCCGAUUCGACUACAAACCUCAACAAAUACCAAUAUAUCGACUUGGCUUUGGUAAGCUAUAUCUUAGCCAUUGCUCAAUUGGGAUCUGAAUCAGUUCUCAACCAAUGGUUACAAACUAACGGACAAUAUCUAUUACAGUACUCUUACCAAUUGCUCAAGAAAUGUAGUUGA